CGCAGGUCCGUGUCCGUCGGAGUGAGGCAGUGGGAGCCGUGGCAUGAUCCGGAGAGCGGUGCCGUCCCUGCGCCACGUCCUGCUGGAGAGGGCGAACGGUGGCGGACGCAGCUUGUGCUUCAGCAAGGCAAAAAUGUCAAGGCCGGUGCAAGCUCAGAGGCUGGAGGGAGUGGAUCAGAACAUCUGGGUGGAGUUCGUGAAGCUGGCGGCCACCUACGCCACCGUGAACCUGGGCCAGGGCUUCCACGACUUCCCCCCGCCGGCCUUCCUGAGGGAGGCGUUCGUGAGGGCCGUCGGCGGCGACAACCACAUGCUGCACCAGUACACCCGGGCCUUCGGCCACCCUCCGCUGGUGAAGAUCCUAGCCGAGUUUUUUGGGAAGCUGCUUGGGCAGGAGCUGGACCCUCUGGACAAUGUGAUGGUGACCGUGGGGGCCUACCAGGCCCUUUUCUGCUGCUUCCAGGCCCUUGUGGAUGAAGGCGACGAGGUGAUAAUCAUCGAGCCCUUCUUCGACUGCUACGAGCCCAUGGUGAAGAUGGCCGGUGGGACGCCCGUGUUCGUCCCGCUGAGACCGAAAGUGCUGGGAGCUGGAAAACCGAUGUCCAGCGCGGACUGGCAGCUGGACCCGGCCGAACUGGCUUCCAAGUUUGGCGAGCGGACUAAAGCCCUCGUCCUGAACUCGCCCAACAACCCGCUGGGCAAGGUGUUCAGCCGGGAGGAGCUGCAGCUCAUUGCGGAGCUGUGUGUAAAGCACGACGUCCUGUGCACCAGCGACGAAGUGUACGAGUGGCUGGUCUUCGAUGGGAAGGAGCACGUCCGCAUCGCCAGCCUGCCGGGCAUGUGGGAGCGCACCAUCAGCAUCGGCAGCGCCGGGAAAACCUUCAGCGCCACGGGAUGGAAGGUGGGCUGGACGGUGGGGCCGCCGCGGCUGCUGCAGCACCUGCUGGCGCGGGAGCUGCAGGGCAAGAGAGACCGGCUGAUGCGGAGCCUGGAGGCCGCUGGCAUGACGCCCAUCGUCCCCGAGGGCACCUACUUCUUGGUGGCGGACGUGUCCGCCUUUGCAUCUGACGUCCCCGAGGCCCCCGGCUCCGACGAGCCCUUCGACUCCCGCUUCGCCAAGUGGAUGGUCAAGAACAAGGGCCUGGCCGCUAUCCCGCUCUCCGCUUUCUACUCGGGGCCGCACAAGAACGACUAUGGCCGCUUCAUCCGCUUCUGCUUUGCCAAGGAGGAAGCCACCCUGGAGGCAGCAAACGAUAUCCUGCAAAAAUGGAAACGGGAGAAAGCUGCUCCCUGAAGGCUCAAAAGAUGCA